AACGCGGAAGUGUACACAAGUGUUUUGGAAACUGGAUGCCAGCUGCGAAACAAAAUUACAGCACAUUCCCAGUGUUUUAUCCAGACAGUGUCUCCUUUUUUCAUAGAAGACAUCAUAUACAUUCCACCAUUAAUCUGAAAUGGAAGACGACGCGCCUGUAAUUUACGGUCUGGAAUUUCAGGCAAGAGCACUGACUGCUCAGGCGGCUGAAACGGAUGCCAUUCGAUUUUUCGUGGGGACUCAGUCUCUGAAAUUUGAUAACCAGAUUCAUGUCAUUGACUUUGAUGAUGAAAAUAACAUCAUUAAUAAGAAUGUCCUUCUGCACCAAGCUGGGGAGAUAUGGCACAUCGGUGCCAGUCCUGCAGAUAAAACGGUCCUUACCACCUGCUACAACAAAACCAGUGACAGCAGGGUGGUCUCGUGUGCCGCAGUGUGGCGGAUGCCCUGUGAUUGGGAAACUGGUAACCACGAGUCACCUGACGACUCAGCCCACAACCCUCUAUCACUGGAGCUGCUCUGUCGCCUAGACGACGGCACGCACGGCAACACUGCAUGUGCCCUCUGGGAGCCCAUGGGAGACGGCAAGCGUGUGAUCUCACUGGCCGAUAACCACGCUCUGCUCUGGGACCUGCAGGAGAGCUCCACACAGGCCAAAGUCUCGAGCACUGCGACGCUCGAGGGCAAAGGUCAGCUCAAAUUCACGUCCGGCAAGUGGAGCCCACAUCACAGCUGCAGCCAGCUAGCCACAGCCAAUGACACGGCAAUAAGAGGUUGGGACCUCCGCACCAUGAGUCAGAUUUACUGUAUUGAGAACGCUCACGGCCAGCUGGUUCGGGACCUUGACUUCAAUCCAAACCGGCAGUACUACCUGGCCAGCUGUGGGGAUGACUGCAAGGUCAAGUUCUGGGACGUUCGGAAUAUCCAGGAGCCUGUCAAAACGCUGGAGGAGCAUUCACACUGGGUGUGGAGCGUGCGCUACAAUCACAGCCAUGACCAACUGGUGCUGACAGCCAGCAGCGACAGCCGCCUCAUCCUCUCCAAUAUGGUCUCCAUCUCCUCCGAGCCGUUUGGACAUUUGGUGGAUGACGAGGAGCUCAGUGAGGGGGAGGACAACCACCAAGAGGAAAAGAAUAAGGAGCCUCUCAAGGACAGCGUGGUAUCCACCUAUGAAGAGCACGAAGACAGCGUGUACGCGGCUGAGUGGUCUUCUGCUGACCCCUGGCUCUUCGCCUCCCUCAGCUAUGAUGGUCGCCUGGUCAUCAACAGGGUUCCCCGAGCGCUUAAAUACAGAAUCCUGCUGUGAGAAAGACGUGCAGUUAGUCUUGUAAAUAUAGUGCUGCUGUUUAAAGUGUCUCAAUAAAUAUUUAAAAUGGUG